AUGACUGGUGCCGUAUCCCCUGUUGAAGGGUCCAUCAAAGAGCCCCAGUUCGAUACAUGUAUCAUAUGGGGUCCUGGAGCGGAGGCGAGAGUUGCCAAGAGACUCAUCGACCUAGCACCAGCAGUCAAGCAUUCGAUUUGGACUACGACACAAGUGGUGCUGUCUGAGUUUCCAGCAAAUCCAAACCUAGCUCCGGCCGUCAUAGCUCUUCUCAGAUCCGCCAUCGCGAAAGAACGAGAGUGUUGGGAGCAACUAGACGCUCUAAAGACAGUACAAACUUUCGAAUCACUUCUAGCUCUGAACAUGAAAGCCAUUGUAGCUUCCAUGUGCGACUUAGCUAGCCUUCCUGCUGUCGGAGAUGAUGAUUUCUAUCCGGCAGCUGAACUUGUGUUGCCUGACGUGUACAACAAUUUCAUAUCGCUGCGCCAGCAGCACAUACUGAUCAAAAAGGAGGCAAAUGUUGAUGGUCAGAAGGAAUUAAAUUGGUUCAAGGAGCAGUGGAAUCCCAUCCUGGAGAAGCUGCUACCUGGACAACUCGCAGACAAGAUGGGAAAAUAUGCAGACAGGAUGCAAUACCUCUUGGACAACGACAAACGCUAUUUCCCCAACAAACCGGCCCGUGUUGAAUAUUCUGUCGGUUGGCUUGGGCUCUGGGCUUACUUGAAUUGA